UCUUUUUCUUCCUGCUGAUCUACAACAGUCUCUGAGUGUCUGUUCAAUAGCACCAGUAUGCGGUUGCUCCAGGAUAGAAUGAGAUGGACGUGUUUGUCCCGGUGCCUUUUCCUGCUGUACUCAGUGGGCAGCGUGGUGACCGAGCUCGAGCUGGACGGCUCGGACCGGGACUGGGGUUCUGGAUUACACGAGCUCCUAAACAGCUUUCCAGCAGAUAGUCCUUUUCUCAGAGAGACGCCCGGCAGACCGGCCAACUGCACUCAGCGCUUCUGGCUGCCUCCGUCCUCCCCUGUGUGCUGGGAUGAUAUAGCGGGACCAGAGGAGUUUGAGAAGUCACGCCUCCUCGUGCUGCAGAACAGGGCGGCACUGCAGGCUGUCUCCACAUCUAGUGGUGUCGAGGAAGGGGGGUCGUCCUAUGAUCAACAGGCCAGGGACGAUGUGCAGGGCGUCCAGGCUGACCAUCUUGUCGUGACUCAGACUGCCGAUACAAUGCAGAAGGUGUUCAUGGAUUUGGAUGAGAAGAGGAAGGAGGAGAAAGAGCAUUAUACCUUCUCAAGUAUGAAGGAGCAAAUUGAAAUCACGAAAGACUCCAUUGCAAACAGGGAGCAAGUAGCAGCACUUCUGGAGAAACACCUUGCCAAUCUGGAGAGGUCUUUGAACACUAUGCAACUUCGACUGGCCAAACUACUACCCCAGUAAUUUCACUUGAGCAACACAAGCCCAUGUUAAAUGGACAUGUGGAAAAAAUAAUAAUGCAUGUUUUAUUACAACAUUUAAUCACACAAACAAAAAAAAAGACAUAUGACCAUAUACUGCAUGCUAACAGCGUCCGGUACUUCUCUUUUGGUACGUUUCCCCCCUCGUUCUUCCACUCUAUUAAGUAAGUGAGUUACUAGGAACUAGAAAUAAAGUCUAUUUUUAUACCCCCAGACUAAAGACUUGUACCUU